AACUUACCACUCUAACUGCUAAUUUUUCACAGUCUAUUUCCAAUUCAAAUCGGGCACCGCCGGUUCUCUGGGUUGACAGAGGACGGUAUGGAAUAUAAGCUUUCGACUAACAAGACCAUUUAGAAGCUUUUCCUUUGAGUACUAUAUGCCAGGCAAGGAUCAAUGAACAAGUUGUGUCGAUCGCCAAAUGUGUUUGAUUAUUAGUGCUAGUACGUCCUACGGGGCGAUCUUCUGGUGCGAACUGUGAUCGAGAGCGGCCACACAGAUUCAAUGUGUCUUUAAGAAGAUCAAAUGGAAAAAAACCUGAAGGAUAGAAAAAACACUGGUGCCAAAUUGUCAAAAGAAAAUUAAUAUCCAGGGGAAUUAGUAAUUCUCCACUGAGAAUUUUUUUCAUUUUGAGAUUAUGUCCAUCACGCAGCAAUUUGAAUCAUGAUGCCCAAAUAAGAAUGUAUAGACUCUCAGAAAAAACUCUCAGGAAGUAUACGUUUGAGGGGUUUCUUUGUUUCCUCUCUCUUUCCUCCAAAUCUGUGGAGAUUGGAGCAGGUUUAGAACCUCUGAAUAUGCACCAACCGUAAGGAAACAAAAAAUUUUGAGGGCACCUAAUUACGGUCAGUCAAAUUGAGUCAGCAACUCUUGUGACCCCACGUUUACCUGUGAAAAGAAGAGGCCUCUUCUUAUUACCCAUCCAUUCAAGCACUCCAUAUUCUUCAAUGCAAACAGAAAAUAACUGACUCCUUUCUUUGUGUUCCCUCCACCAGAAACCAAACUUCCAAUCCUUAAACAACAAGGCUGUUCCGAAAACUGCCUCUCUCUUCCUCUGCAUUGCUCAGCAACGACAACAACAACAAAAAGUCAUCCUCAAGGAUAUUCUCGCAAUACACUUUCGUUCAUAGUUUUCUCUGAAUAGGUUUCUUGUUCAUGGGGAUACCCGUAAGAACAUUGGCUGCCGUUUCGGUGGCAUGGUUCGUCCUCUUCGAAGUCACUCUCGUCGCCGUUGAUGCGAAUUUCGAUUACAAAGACGCUCUCACCAAGUCCCUCAUAUUCCUGGAGGCUCAGAGAUCUGGAAAGCUCCCUCCGAAUCACAGGCUUUCUUGGAGAGGAGAUUCUGCACUUGAUGAUGGAAAAGAAGCAAAUGUGGACCUUGUUGGAGGGUAUUACGAUGCCGGCGACAACAUAAAGUUUGGACUGCCCAUGGCAUUUACAGUCACCACCUUGUCUUGGGCUGGUCUAUUUUAUCAGAAAGAGCUUCAAGCAGCCGGGGAACUGGAGAAUGUCCGCUCCGCUAUCAAAUGGGGCACCGAUUAUUUUCUCAAGGCCAGUUCUAGGAAAAAUCGUUUGUAUGUGCAGGUCGGAGACCCAGUACCAGAUCACCAGUGUUGGAUUAGACCAGAAAAUAUGCAGACUCCUAGGACAGUCCUGAAGAUCGAUGAGAGUGCUCCUGGAACAGAAAUCGCUGCCGAAACUGCAGCUGCGAUGGCUGCUUCUUCCAUGGUCUUUAGAGGCUUCGACCGUGCAUACGCUCGCCGCCUCCUCAAUAAAGCCAAACUGCUAUUUCAAUUCGCGAAGUCUCACAAAGGAAGUUUCGAUGGAGAAUGCCCCUUCUACUGCUCGUUCUCUGGCUACAAUGAUGAGCUUCUGUGGGCAGCAUCUUGGCUGUACAUGGCCACGAGGAGAAGUGUGUACCUUAACUACAUCAAAGAAGAGUCCAUCAGUGCUAGUGUCACUGAAUUUAGCUGGGACCUCAAAUAUGCGGGUGCCCAGGUUCUUCUCUCAGAGCUAUACUUUAAAGGAGACCAGGGCUUAGAGAACUUCAAAACACAAGCUGACAGCUUUGUCUGCUCAAUUCUUCCUGAUAGCCCCUACCACCAGGUUUACAUCACCCCAGGGGGCAUGCUGUAUUUGAGGAGUGGGGCGAACACGCAGCAUGUAACUGGCACAUCUUUCUUGUUCGAUGUCUAUGCCGACACGUUGGCCAAACACAACCAGAAAGUCAUCUGCGGAGACAAACAGUUCGAUGCCACGCACCUCCAGGCUUUUGCCAAGCAACAGAUGGAUUACCUACUUGGGAAUAACCCGGAAGGCAGAUCAUACAUGGUUGGCUUCGGCAACAAACCUCCGACCCAACCCCAUCACCGAGGCUCGUCCGUGCCCAAACUAGCCCUCGACGAGGUGGUGAGCUGCCCCAUGAGCUUCGUGAAAUGGCUUUCCCCGGACAUCCCCAACGUCAACGAGCUCACCGGCGCCAUCAUGGGCGGGCCUGACCGCAACGACCUCUUUGAGGACAAACGCUGGAUGUCGUCCAUGACUGAGCCUUGCACCUACGUCAAUUCCCUCGCCGUAGGCCCUCUCGCUAAGCUCGCCUCACCCCAUGCAUAACUAAAGACAUAUACCAAAGAUACGUUGGUUAAUUUGUUCAUGCACCAUGCAUUCAUUGAUACGGCCCCGCAUGCAAAAAGGUCGAUCGUGGCCAAUUAUCGAUGUAGAUUUCAUUCUUAUGUAACUUUGACUAGCUAAUUGGUUGCGCCUUUGAAUUGAGGCGGUUUCGGUGGUGAUUAUAUUUUCUC